UAAAAUUUUAUAAGUAGCUUAGCAUGGAAGAUAAAGAGAUAGAAGUGAAAAAAUGGCUUACUGGUGAAAAACAAAUUACUUUAAGAUCUGGAUUUGUAUUUAUAAUUAUGUGCCUAUUUGGUCUUCCUAUAUGGUGGAAGACAACAACUGUUCAAAGAGAAUUUAUACCCUUAAAAUUUAUGUUAUCCUUAAAUCCUAAUAAUGUAUCAAAAUCAAAUAUGUUGGAAUUUAACAUUCGUGUAUAUCCUUUAAUUACUUUUAGGAGUAAAGACUUUAUUAAUCAUUUUAUUUUUGACAAUAUGAUUAAGUUUAACCUAUUACCUCUAUUAAACACUAAUUCUCAAAAUAAUUUGAUUAUAAAAUAUAAAAUUAUGGCAUCAAGAUUUAUUUCUCAUAAAAAUCUAGAUGAUCAUCUUCAAAAUUUAAAAAUUUUUGACAGAUACUCAGGAAACAUUUAUAUAAUUUUAGACUUACAUGAAAUCACAAACAUAUCUGAAAAGAGCAAUAGGUAAAUUCGAGACUAAUAAUAUGAGUUAUUAUUUGACUAGCUUACACAAAUUAACAUUUCCACAAUCAAACCAUCCUUUAAUAUCAUUAGAUUUUACUUUUAUAUUUGAUUACACUGCAUAUGGACAACCAUUUGAAACUUUUGAUUUUAGUGAAUUUAUUCAAAAUAUACAUCAUCCUUUGAAAUAUUUGCAUCCAAUAUAUAAUUUUAUCUACAAGAGUAGUUAUACAUAUAUAGAAAAUCUUCCAAUUUAUUGGCAAAAUCAUUUACUUAAUCUUGAAUUUCACUCUAAAUCAUUUAAAGAAGAUAGCUCUGAUUUUUUUGGCUUUAUUAAUUUUAUUGAAUCUUUAAAACCAAUAUCCAUAUCCCAUGAUGGCAAAGAAAAUACAGUUAAAUUUGUUAUUAUCAUCACCAAAGAAAAUAAUUAUUCAAAAAAUGAAUUUCAUCAAGAUUUAACUUCAUUUACAAGCCCAGGCUGGGGAAGUAUUAUAUUCUUUCCAGCCAAUAACAUGGCAAUUAUACAUGAUAAAAACAAUAACUUAUCUCAAUUCAUUCAUUCUAUUUUAUAUAACAAUCAAAAAUUAAAAUCAAUAAUUCUUUUACAUUUAUACCAGUUUAUUGGUUAUCCAUUACACUAUUUAACCCAAAGUUUGUAUUACCAGAAUCUUAAAGCUAAUAAUGUAAAUAUCACAAGAUAUUAUGAAGGUACUCAAAUUUUUUCACAAUAUAAAGAUAAUUAUAGUGAAAUAAUUUUAACUGAUCACUUGUGGAGAAUUCAAAAUUUAAUGAGAAUAAAAAUUUGUGAAAAUAUAGCACAAAGUAUGAUGACAUUACAUAUCUUAGGAAACUUAGUGAAUAAAAUAACUAAUCUCAUUGUUGAUAAACAAGUUGCUCAUAUAAUUUGCGAAUCAGUGCAAAAAUUAAAAUGUGCUAUGGAUUUAAUAUCAAUAACUUACUAUGAUGAAAACUUAUCAAUAAAUAAAUGUGGUUAUGAAUCAGAAAAUAGUUUAUACAUUGCUUACAAUUUUUCUAAAGAAGCCUUGAUAAAUUCUGAAAAAGCAUUUUAUUAUCCCACAUUACUUGAAGUAUUAUAUUUUCCACAAGAUCAAAAAUAUGCUAUAUAUGUUCCACUUUUUUUCCCUGUCUUAAUGGCUAUUGUUUCUUAUCUUUUUGCUUUUCUUAAAAAUAAAUAUAUUCAAAAAAAUAAAAUCAAAAUGGAGUGAUUUGCUGCAUUGAUAUUUUAAAAAAGAAUAUAUUAAAUUAAUUUAAGAUAGAACUUAAACCUUAUAAAAUAUUUAUUUAUUUUAAUUUAUUAAGCUUAGAUUAAAUAUUAUGAGGAUAAUUGUAAUCAGAGACCUGCAGAGGUACCAUUUGCACGGCCUGGCCCGGUUUUAAAUUUUUUAGGCUCGGCCCGGGUAUUUUUUAAAAAAAUUUUUUACGGCCCGGCCCGGAUUUAAAAAUUUAAGGCCCGGCCCAGAUAUUUUUUUAAAAAAAAUUUCAGGCCUGGCUCGGAAUUUUUUAAAAUUAUAUUCGACCUGGUAUAUACAAAAAUUCACCUAUGAGGUAUACCAUAUUUUUCAGCGAGUAUUAUCGCUUAUUAUUUAAAAAAUACAUGUAAAAAGCUAAUAUUUUGAGAAUAUUAUAUUUGAAUUUAUAAAAAUUAUAAAACUGUUAUUUAUAAAAAUGGAUAUUUUGAGCAUAUACUAUAUUUUAUAUUGCAUUUAUAAAAAUAAAACUAAUAUUCAU